GUUUAUGUUGUGUUAUGAAAUAAAUAAAACUUUUCUUUUCUUCCACAGGAUAUUUUCACAGCUUUUUUUCGAUUCUGCUAAUCUUGGACAGAAUAAUGGGAAAGCAUAAAAAAAGGAAACAUGAAAAGAAAAGCAAAAAACGGAGGUCGUCAUCGGACGAAAGUUCUAGCGAUACUGAAUGGAUAGAAAAACCCGCGCCAGAGCAGGAAAAACCACGUUCUACAACUCCCCCAAAAUUCAAAAAACCAGAGUUGGAACGAGAAGAAUGGUUGAACGUGGACUCAUUGUUUGCUUCAACUUCUACUGCCGACCGAAGAAAAUCUCGCGAGUUGGAGAAGCGCAAAAAAAGACAGGAAGACCAAUAUAAUCCCAGCCAGUGUUCUAGAGAGCUAAAUCCUUAUUGGAAAAAUGGAGGUGAUGGUUUACCCACUUUCAAAAAACCUUCAUAUGAUCUGGACUUUGAAGAAACCAAUAAAGAAGAAAGGAAGAAAUAUAAUUGGAAAACAUCAAAAUCGAGUAAUGAUAAAGAAAGUGAGAAGAAAAUAUCAUAUGAGGAGGAAGAAAAAGGAAAUCAGAUAAAUAGUACAAAAGAAAUAAAGCAAGUUAUACCAACAUCUCUAGAUCCUAAUGUGAUAGCUGCAAAACUUGUAAAAGCAGAAAUCAUGGGAAAUUCUAAACUUGUAGAGGAACUGAAACUUAAAUUAGAGGAAGCAAAAGCUGCUAAACUGGAUGAACACGAAAGUAAUAAGGUUAUUCUUUUAACACAAACAGAUUCUAAAGGAUUUUCACGACCCGUAAAAAUGGAUGAAGAUCGUGACUCUAGAAGAAAGAAGAGGAAAGUAGAAACAUACACUGGCAAAGAGAGGACCAAAUAUUACGCUGACGAUGAUAAAUAUUCAUUGAAACAAAUGUUUGAAGCUGAGAAGUAUAAUUCAUCUGAUAGUGCCAAUAAAGAAUUUGCUAAAAUGGCUAGUGGUAUUAAGAAAAAUGAUGAUAUGGAGGAUAUAUUUGUUGAUAAAAUUAGGCAUCAACAAUCGUCCAAAGAUGUUGAUAAAGCUAUAAGCAUGCAACAAAAGGUUAUCAAGUCUGUUGACAACUGUACUAAAUGUUUACAAUCGGAAAGCAUGCCAAAACAUCUAAUGAUCGACUAUAGUGAAUACUGUUAUAUAUCUAUGCCAAGUUAUGAACCUUUAACUGAUGGACAUUGCUUCAUAAGCCCUGUUAGACACAUUCCUUGUUCAGUCCAAUUGGAUGAAAAUGAAUGGAGUGAAAUUAAUAAUUUACGAUAUAAAUUAGUGAAGUUAUUUGAGAGUCAAGAUAAGUGUGUGAUAUUCUUUGAAACGGCCAAAUAUUUACACAAAUACCCUCAUAUGGUUUUGGAAUGUAUACCAAUUCCAAAGAAUAAAAGUGAGCUAGCACCUAUAUAUUUCAAAAAAGGUAUAGAAGAAUCUGAAACUGAAUGGUCUCAUAACAAAAAAUUGAUUUCUUUGAAGAACAGGGAUGUGAUCAAGGCUGUUCCUAAGGGAUUGCCCUACUUUUUUGUCAGUUUCGGAAUGACUGAAGGUUUUGCUCACAUUAUCGAGGAUCAAAAUAUGUUUCCUAAUAAUUUCGCACAAGAAAUUAUUGGAGGUAUGUUGGACAUUCAUCACAGUAAAUGGAGAAAACCUAGAAGGGAAAGUUUUGAUUUGCAAAAAUCCCGCGUCUAUGAGUUUAAAAAGUGGUGGAAAUCGUGAAACACUAAAAGUCGAAUUAUAAACUUGUAUAUAGGUAUUGUAUGUAACUGAAAAGCUGUGUACAUUAAAGAAAAGUAUGAGAAAGA